AUGAUUCCAGAUAUUAGAUUUGGUUUUCACAAGCAAAUACUUGCUUCACGCUCACCCGUAUUCCAAAAACUAUUCGAUCUCAAUGAUGUGAAUGAGGUAUUAAUUGCCGACAAUUUUAAAGCUGUAUGGGUACCAGAAAAAUCAACUAUAAAUGUUCUUACAGAGAUUCAACUGUUUUCUGUAUUGUUGGUCCUCCACAGCGUCUACACGGGUAUUAAACUUGAUAUUGCACAUCAUUACGGUUCACGUCAUAAACUUCAAGAACGUAUGAAGUUGGUUAAUGACCAAUAUAAUUCGCUUUGCAAUUUGUUUGAUAUCAGCCAUAGUAAGGAUUCAGUGGUUGAAGCAUUUGGAGAACUACUUUUGAAAUCGGAAGGUGAUGUGGUUUUAAAAUUAAACGAUGGUAAUCUUCGUGCUUAUUCCUAUAUACUAAAGUCCAGAUCGGCGUUUUUUGAAACCAUGUUUUCUGAGAGAUGGGAUGAUAUACAACAAGAUAAGGAACUCGAUUUCACUGGAUUGUCCAAGUUUCAAAUGACCAUUAUAUUAAGACACUUGUAUGGUAUAAGUAAUGAGAACCUUUUGGAUUAUUUCAUUGGUAAAACCACAGAUCGAGAUGUUUUCAUUGAUGAGGUUCUACAACUUAUUGAAAUUUGUGACGAACUUUUAUUAUUCCUGCUCAAGUGUUCACUUUCCGUUGCUAUUUGUGAAUUGAUAAGUUUAGAAAAUGUUGUUCCUCUUACAAUUCAUUCACAGUAUUUGUCUUGCGACAUGAUUUUCAAAAACUGUUGUUGGUACAUGUAUAACAAUUUAGAAGUUUUGAUAUUUGAUUCUGGUUUCACUGGCAUGCCACUGGACAUCUUGAAUAAAGUUGAGACUGAAUUUCAAUAUUUAAGCAAUUGCAAAUUGGUUGACCACAAACCAUAUAAUGAUUGUUUCUUUGAAUCUAGUUCUGAUUUGGUAGCUGAAUUUAUCCAUGAAUCUAAUACCUACAAUGAACAUUUUAUGAGUGAUCGAAAGGGAUUUUCAUCAUUUGAACCAUUGAUUGAUAAUAUCUAUUCUGAAAUAUUGAAACCAAAGGCUGUGGUCAAGAAGCGUAGAUCAAGAAAGAGUUCCACUAUCAAGAAUGAUAUCGUUGACUUUAGACAAGGUUUAAUCAAAGAAAGGGUUGAAGAAGCUUUGAUUCAAGAAGUUAUUGAUGAUCAUGAUGGUUUUACUGUUGUUGGUAAAAAAUCAAAACAGAAAUCCCCACCACCAAAUUCAGAACCAAUUUUAUCCAACACUAAAUCAGAAACACUUACAAAAAGUCAUACUUCAGUUGGUCACACUGGUGAUGUUGCAACUGCUGGUCUUAGUCCAUUUUCCAACUGGGCAACUAAAUCGGCAGUUUUGGAAUCAGAAGCUUCCACGAGAUCAUCAACACCGACAGGUAAUGUUACAUUCGAGGUGCAACCCACAUUGUCAAAACCAAAAGUACAAAAAAUGAAAAUUGGUCCAGUUGCCAAAGUAUCUCAAAAGGAGCGUAAACGUUUGGCCGCUGCUUCUGCUGCUGCUGCUGCUGCUGAAAAUAAUACAAGUACUAUGAAUUCUAAAGAUUCUUCUAAGGCUUCUCCAUGGUCCCUCCAAAGCUCCAAGGUUUCACCAUCUAUCAAUCUGAAAAUUAAAGAUUUACCUGUUCUUGGAUCAUCCCGAUCUAUUCCAAAACACUCCCCACCUGAAAAGAAAACAAUAUCACCAAUUUCAGCGCCUACUUCAACUUCUCCAACACCAUCAUUAGCCGAUGUAAUGAUGCAAGAAUCAUUUGCCAAAUGGUGGGAAGAAGAGUCCAAACGAGUUCAAAAGGAGAUGAAAACAUCAGGAAGGAAUAAAAAACCUCCAUCUCGAAAAAAAACCAAUGGCAACAAAAUGAAUGCACGAACAGUGUAA